AUGGCCGACGACGGAGCCGUGACGGUCUGCGUGCGGGUGCGGCCGCUUAUCGAAAGAGAGAAUGCAGAGCUGGGAGGUAAAGAAAGUAUGGUCUGGAAAAGUGAGAAAUGCAGCAUCUCUCAAGUGGAUGGAACAAAGUCCUUCACAUUUGAUCGAGUAUUUCAUCCGGAAGAAAAUACUGCUGAGGUUUAUAAAGAGGUGGCUGAUCCAAUUAUAAAAUCUGCUGUUCAAGGAUAUAAUGGCACUAUUUUUGCAUAUGGCCAGACUGCUUCCGGCAAGACCUAUACAAUGUUGGGAACAAAGAGUUCCCCAGGAAUUUUACCCAUGGCAAUUGAAGAUGUCUUCAAGACAAUCUGUGGUGUUCCAGAUAGGGAGUUCUUACUCCGGAUCUCGUAUAUGGAAAUUCAUAACGAGACAAUAAAAGACCUGCUAUGUAGUAACAUCAGAAAGAAAAAACCUCUUGUAGUCCGGGAAGACAUCAGUAGGAACAUCUAUGUGGAAGAUCUGAGUGAAGAGGUGGUGAUUUCUCCAGAGCACGUUAUGAGCUGGCUAAAAAAAGGCGAAAAAAAUAGACACUAUGGGGAGACAAAGAUGAAUGCAAGAAGCAGCCGUUCCCAUACGAUCUUCAGAAUGAUAAUCGAAAGCAAAGAAAAGAGUGAUGCAUCCAAUUCAAACUGUGAUGGUGCUGUCAUGGUCUCUCACUUGAACUUGGUAGACCUCGCAGGAAGUGAGAGAGCAAGCCAGACAGGGACCGAUGGCAUUCGACUUAAAGAAGGCUGCAAUAUAAACCGGAGCUUGUUCAUCUUGGCUCAGGUCAUCAAGAAACUUUCUGAUGAUCCGCCUGGAGGCUUUAUAAAUUAUCGAGACAGCAAACUGACGAGAAUUUUACAGAACUCUCUUGGUGGGAAUGCUAAAACUGCUAUCAUCUGCACAGUUACUCCAGUAUCUUUGGAAGAAACGUUAAGCACCUUUCAGUUUGCUAGUACAGCAAAAAAGAUGAAAAACAGCCCCAAAGUAAAUGAAGUUCUAGAUGACGAUGCCCUCUUAAAGAGGUACCGACGAGAAAUAGAAGAUUUAAAGCGGCGCCUAGAGGAGGUUUCUUCAGACUCUCACACCAGAGAUGAAGAGAAAGACCAGCUCGCCCAGCUCUUGGAAGAAAAGAACUCAUUGCAAAAGCAGCAGGAGGACAGGAUAAGAACUUUGGCCAAGAUGGUGGUCACUUCGUCGUCUUUUUUGCAAGAACAAGAGUUAAAAACUAGAAAGAAGAGGAGAGUUACCUGGACCCCUGGACAAAUAAACUGCAACAGGGAAAUAUUCUCAGAAGACUUCCCUGAGAGGGCCAAAAGAUUUAAAUCCUCUCUGUCGGCCGUAUCGGAGAUGGAGGAAUCUAUGUCUUCAGUAUUCUCUGAAUACGAUGAUCACUGCUUGGCUGUCAGUGCUACAGUUCCGGAAGAGGAGUGGAUUCCAGGGCCUGAAAUGAGUCUGAUCCAUAAGGAUUUUGCAGAUUCCGUCAUCCUCUGUGAAACUCUUGCAACAGAAAGGGACACGGCUGUAACUAAACAACAAGCUACCCAAGCAGAGCUGGAGACCUUACAGGUGGAAAAAGAACAGCUGUCACACGAAGUAAAGGAACUGACAGAGAAAAUAGAAACAACUGAAUUUAUGGUUCUUGAAAGGGAAACCUUAAGGGAACAUGAGAUGCAACUAAUGCAUGAAAUUUCCAGCUUAAGCGCUGUAAUUGCAAAUGCUGAAGGGUACAAUCAAGAUCUCCAGGCUAAUUUGAAGUCAAAAGAGUUACAGCUCAAGGAAAGAGAAGACAAAGUAACAGCACUGGAAAAACAAAUAAUUGAGCUAAAUAACCUUUUGGAAGAAUCUCGGAAGACAGGCAGUAGGAACAAAGAUGCAUCCCCAGUGGGAACUUCAAGUCAAGCGAUGGAUGAAAUGAAACUGUCUCUCAGUGAUGCUGAAACAGUUGCCAUGGAUGCCAAGAAGGAAUCUGCUUUCCUCCGGAGUGAAAAUCUAGCACUAAAAGAGAGAAUGGACCAACUUUUGGAUGAUUACAACCGCAUGAAGAAAGAUACUGAGUGUUACAGGAGCCAGUUAGAAGCAGGCAAAGUCAUGUACAAAAACAUGCAAUCUGACUUGCAGAAAGAACUGCAAUAUUACUUGCAAGAAAAUACAAAGCUGACUUCUCUCCUGGAGGGUAAAGUUCCAGAAGGCAACCAGUCACUUGUGGAGCUGGAUGAAAAAGUACUGCAGUUAAAAAACGAAUUGGAUAAAGCUCUAGGAGAGAACAUUUCUUUAAGAAAAGAAGUUGCUGCACUGUCAGAAGGUUGCCUGAAAUCUGACCUCGAAAUCUUGCACAAGGAGAUUCUUGAAAAAUCUGAGAUGAUCACUUCCCUAGCCUCUGAAAGGGAGAUCUUGUUGUCUCAAGUAGCUGAGAAGGACCAAAGGCUCAUUGAAAUGACCAACACCCUGAAAUCCAAAGAAGAUCUUGCAAAUGCUGAAGCAGUGAGAGAGAAUGAUGAAGCUGUUAAGAAGCUGAAACAUCUUUGUCAAGAACUGAGGCAGGAACUAGCCACUGUAUCAGAAGAAAACAAACGAAUGCAAGACCAGUUAGAAAGCUUAUCUGGUGAUAACCUCAAAUUCAACACAGCCAUUAAUGAGAUGGCAGAAGAGCUGUCCAGCAAGGUCCAGGAGCUGCAAGCAAAGGACCUGGAACAGGAGAAGCUUCUGUGUAUGGAAGAAGAGCUCAGCCAUGUCCGCCAGGAGCUGAACAACUUGGAGCAGCUCAAAGAACAGUUGAAGGCUUGGGAGUCGAAAGUGGAGGCUGUGGAGGUGGAAAGGCUGGCCAUAGUUCAGCGACUUCAGAGCAGAGAAGAAGAAAUCAGUGCUCUGGCCCAGGGAAGAGAUGAGCUGAAGCAAAUGCUGGAGGAGGUUCAAAGAGAGAGAGAUCAAAUUAAAGAUGACAUAGAAGAAACGGUGGCCAUGAACAUUGAAGCACAGAAUGAACUGAGAAGUUCUCAGCAUUCUCUGAAGCAGUGUCAAAAAGAUAUCAAAGAGCUGCAGGCAACACUUUUGAAGAAAGAAUCCCAGACUGCAAGUAUUAAAGAAGCUCUGGAGACUACCAUUAAUGAACAGAAGCUACAGAUACUAAAAUUAACAGAAGAUUUGGAGCAAGCCACCCUGGAGAAAAAUCAGUUAAGUGCAAGAGAGGCUUUACCAGAAGAAAAUGAGGUUCAUUUAAUGAGAGAACAAAUUCUCCGUCUAGAAGAAGAGAAGACUAAGUUACAGCAACAGCUGGAAACUCUGCAAGAGGAAAAGGAUCUAAGCCAGGAAAGCCAUCAGUUGAAGUUGGCCAGCCACCUACAAGACGCGCAAGCAAAGGGUGUGCGAGAGGAAGAGCUCAUGGGUGUGAAAGCAGAACUUGUCCAAGCUCUUCAGAAGCUGAGUGAGAUGGGAGAGCAACUAAAAGCCAGUGAGUCCAGAAUAGAAGCAAACAAGAUGGUAAUGGCUCAGGAACUUUGUAACCAUGAAGAAGCAGUUAGGUCUCUAAUUGAGGAAAGAGAUCAUUUGAGACAUGAGCGAGAUACUCUCCAAGUAGAGAGGGAUCAAGUCCAAGAAGGAAUGCAAGCAACUCAAUUAGUGCUGUCCAGCAAGAUCCAAGAGCUCCAAGACAAUCGGAAGGAACAAGAAGAGCUUCUCCGAAUGAUGAAAGAACAGCACUCUGGGGGAGCAGAGCAGAGUGAGAGUGACAUUAGCUCUCUGAAGGCCCUGGAGUCCAAGCUGGAGGCUACAGAGACGGAGAAACUGGAAAUGGCUGAGAGGCUUCAGCUGGGCGAAGAAGAGAGAAAAUCCCUUACCCUGGAGAGAGAUGACUGGAAGCAGAAGUGGGAUGCUGUCCAAUUGGAGAAAGAGGGGCUGAAAGAGCUACUAAAAGACACCACCUUAAAGCUGUCCAGCAAGAUCCAAGAGCUGCAAGACAAGGGGAAGGAACAAGAAGAGCUUCUUCGAAUGAUGAAAGAGCAGCACUCUGGGGGAGCAGAGCAGAGUGAGAGUGACAUUAGCUCUCUGAAGGCCCUGGAGUCCAAGCUGGAGGCUACAGAGACGGAGAAACUGGAAAUGGCUGAGAGACUUCAGCUGGGAGAGGAAGAGAGAAAAUCCCUUACCCUGGAGAGAGAUGAUUGGAAGCAGAAGUGGGAUGCUGUCCAAAUGGAGAAAGAGGGUCUGAAAGAGCUACUAAAAGACACCACCUUAAAGAAUCAGAGUGAAAUGGAAGGACUGACAGAACAACUGAGGAUUCUGGAAUCCAAGCUUGAGGAUAAAGAGAGAGAGAAAUCGGAAAUGGCUGAGAGGCUUCAGGAUAGUGAUGAGGAGAGAAGAUCCCUAGUCCUGGAGUUGGAUGACUUGAAGCAAAAAUGGGAUACUGUCCAAACUGAGAAAGAGAAGUUAAAAGAGCUAUUAGAAGGUGCCACUUCAAAGCUGACCAGCGUAGGAGGAUUGCAAGCAAGGAGUGCUCAAGAGGAGGAACUUGUCAUCGUGAAAGAAGAACUCAGCCAAGCUCUUCAGAAACUGAGUGAAAUGGAGGAGCUGAGAGAACAACUUAAAGCCAUUGAGCGCAGAAUGGAAGUGGAUAAGACGGCGGCUGCUCAGGAGCUUCAUGAGCACGAAGAAGCAGUAAGAUCUCUAGUGCAGGAAAAAGACGACUUGAGACAUCAGCAGGAUGCGCUCCAGCAAGAGAGGGAUCAAGCCCAAGAAGAAAUGAGGGCAACUCAGUCCAUGUUGUCAAGCAAGAAUCAAGAGUUAGAAGUCGCAGAAAGAGAGUUUCUCCAUAUGAAAGAACAGCUCUGUAGUGAAGCCCAACAAAAUCAGAGUGAAAUGGAAAGACUGACAGAGCAACUGAAGAUUCUAGAAUCCAAGCUUGAGGCUAAAGAGAGAGAGAAAUUGGAAAUGGCUGAGAGGCUUCAGGAUGGUGAAGAGGAAAGAAAAUCCUUAGUCCUAGAAAGGGAUGACUUGAAGCAGACAUGUGAUGCUGUCCGAAGUGAGAAAGAGAAGCUCAAAGAGCUACUUGAAGAGACCACCACAAAGGGUUUGGAACUGCAAGAGCAGCUUGAAAAUGCUAAAGGCUCCCUCAGAGAAUACCACAGUACUGUAGAAGAACUGAGAGGCGAGAAUUGUCAGGCUUUGAAAGUGCAGGAGGAUCUCCGCCAAACCACUGAGUGGUUGAAGCAGAAGGUCGUGGACACUCAAGCAGAGGUGGAGAAGCUGCUGGAGAAAACAAAAUCUCAAGAGCAGCAGGUUACUAGGCAGGAGGGCUUGAUUGCUGAGCAAGAAGAGCAGCUUCGGAAACGAGAAGCAGAACUUACGGAAGAAAUGGCGCAGCUGAAAGAGAAGUUGGAACAGCUGACUGAAAAGUUAAGCUUACAAGUGGCUGAAAACAACCAUUUGCUGGCUGAACAGAAAGCUCAGGCCGAGAGCAUGCAGCAACUUGGGAUGGAGAAUCUGAUGCUUAAAACAGAAAGAGACAGCAUCCAGCGAGCAAUGGAGAACGCUAAAGCCGAAAAUGACCAGCUGCGGCACAGCUUUCUUGAAAACACUGAGAAGUUCUCCGAAACAAAUGCAAAACUGGAGCAGGAUUUGCAUGAGUUGAAGCAGCAAUUGGAAGAAACCCGUCAAGAAAAGACACCAGAGAGCAAAGAACAAGAUGACCUUGAAAAGCUUCAAGCAAAAGUCUCAAAAAUAAUGGAGGCUCUGCAGAAACUCCCAAUGAUCGAAAAGAGAUAUGAGUAUCUUGGAAGAGUUGCUCUUAAGCUAAAGACUGAAGUCAACAACCAAAAAGAACUAGCAACAAAAGUUCUUGAAGAUGUUUCCUGUGAGAAGGCAAAACAGAUCAGAAGGCUCCAAAUGGAACAUGAGGUUAUAGGCAGCAGUGUCCACAGAUUGCUGAACAAACUGCAGUUCCUUUUCACCCGCCUGUGCAAGAAGAAGGGUGAAUACUAUGUUAACAUCAGCAACUACACAAUGGAGCUGCUUGGUGAGAGAAGAAAACAACAUGAGUUGCUAACUCAGAUUCAAAGUCUUAAGGAGCCUUGCGGGAACUCGCAUUCAGCUGUGUCUCAGGAGCUCUGUAUCCCUGAACUGAACCAGAACUUGGAUUCUUAUGUAGAGCAAAUAUGGAAAGAUGUGUCACAAAUGGAGGAAGAAGUUCACAGUAUAGAGGUGAUGCUGCAGCAACUGGAAAGCAAUGACAGAACAGUUAAAGAGUAUUCGGUUCCUUUUGAUGUACAAGACUUUGAGACGAGAAUAAAGCAAGACAGCGAGAUGCUGUUGCCUAAGGGUCGGCUCUUGAAACCUAAAGCUCAAGUUCUCAUGGAAAUGCGAGAGGAGCUAGAAUCCAGAAACGCUAAUUACUGCAAAGAGACUGAAGCCACUCUGAAAACCUGCAGAGAGAGGACAAGGGAAUUGCUGCAGGCACUUAAUACCCUUAAGGAACACCAGGUGCCUAGCGGUCAUGCUGACCUUAUCCUAGAAGAAGAAAAUUACAGACUUGAGAGUAAAUUAAAAGCCCAAGAUCAAGACAUGCAGGAUCUGAAGGUGAAAAUCCAAGAACUGGAAAAUGCAGCAAAUGGAGCAAGGAAAAAACUUCUGGAAAAGGAGCAAAGAAUAGCGGUGCUAGAAAUGGAGCUUAAAGUGAGAGCAUCCAAGAGUGAAGUUUUACGACUUCGGACUGCAUUAGAGGAGAAAGAGAACUGCCUAACUAAUACACUAACGGAGAACCAGACUCUCAAGGCCCAGCUCAGCAAAGGUGCUGAGCUGUAUAAGGAAGAAAUUGAGGACCUCAAAAUGCAGCUUGCUAAAGCUGAUAUGGCACUAAUGAAACAGUCCAAAUGGUUUGACCGGGAAAUGACAAACGCAAAAGCUCUUGCAGAACACAAAGAGGAACAGCUAAGAAAACUAAGGGAAGACCUACGCAGAGCACAACUCGAGCAGGAUGCAACAAUCAUGCCCAGCCAAGACAUUCCUCAGCCACCCCUGUCGAUAACUUGCGGCGGCGGAAGUGGAAUUGUACAAAAUACCCAGAUGCUCGUGCUGAAAUCUGAGCAUGUGAAACUAGAGAGGGAAGUCAUCAGACUCAAGAAAGAACACGAACUGGUGCUGAAAAGUGAACUCCAUUUGAAAGAGGAAGUUAAGAAAUGGAAAGAGCGAGUGCUGAAGAUGAGAGAACAAUCCAGAGUCAUGAGUGAAGAAAAAAGGUUAAAAUCUCCAAGGAAAACAGCACCUCCCUCAUUAGCAGACCUGCCUCCUCCUCCUAAGGAAUGCUCUUUACUACCGGCCCCGGCAUUGGAUCGUCCAACAACUUUCUUUGAUAAUUCACGCUUGGGGAGCUUUAACGAUGAAAAGCCUGCAGGUGGCGCGUCUCCAGAAAAGGCACCUUCAGAGGACAGUCUUAAACACUGGAUAGCAAAAACAAAUAAAGAGGGUACCCCUCAGUGCAAGACACAAUAACACAUGUUGUAUUUAUCUGUGUGUCCACACAUAU